AUGCGCGCACGGUGGGCAGUCCUCGGCAUGGUGCCCUUCGCCGUCCUCCUCUGCUUCGCGUUCCUCGUCCGCCCUCCGCCGGUGCCGGCGGCGCCGCCGCCGGAGCUGAGCGUGCUGGUGGGGGUUCUAACCCGCCCCGAGAAGUACGCCUCCCGGCACCUCCUGCGGCUCGUCUACGGCACGCAGCCCGCCGCGCCGCUGGCGCAGGUGGACGUGCGCUUCGUGCUCUGCCGGCUGGCCACCGACGAGCAGCGCCUACUGGUGGCGCUGGAGAUCCUCCGGUUCGGCGACGUCAUCGUCCUCAACUGCACCGAGAACAUGAACUCCGGCAAGACCCACACCUUCUUCUCCUCCCUCCCGGGGAUCCUCCCCCGGCGGUACGACUACGUGAUGAAGGCCGACGACGACGCCUUCAUCCGGGUGGCGCCGCUUGCGGCGGCGCUGCGGCCACUCAGCCGGCAUGACCUCUACUUCGGCUACGGCAUCCCCUGCGCUGGCGAGGACCCUUACGCCGGCUACAUGUCCGGCAUGGGCUACGCGCUAUCGUGGGAUCUGGUGGAGUGGAUAGCGGCGUCGGAUAUUCCGGUGGCCGAGUUGAGGGGGCCGGAGGAUAAGCUGGUGGGGCGGUGGCUCGACAGGGGGAAGAAGGCGGCCCACCGGCACACGGCCAAGAGGGCCAUGUAUGAUUACCCCGGGGUCAACGGGAGGUGCUCGCACGAGCUCCUGCCGGAGACCGUCGCUGUCCACCGGCUGAAGACGCCGGAGAGGUGGACGACGGUGCUCAGGUUCUUCAACGCCACGGCGGCGCUCCCACCCUCCAAGCUCUACCGCUUCGACUGA